UUUUUCUCCAGAAAUUAUGUUUGCUACAUAGUUGACUGUCAGAGUUUAUUUUUUAUUUUGAUGUUAGUUUUAUGAGACAUCAUUUUUUUGCAGAAAGCCUUGAAAAAGUUUGGGAACGAUUUGAGACUUUGGAUGCAGUACAUUGAUUUUUGCAACAAGACAGCAAGUAAAAGAUCUACUGGACGAGCACUUGGCAGGCUUACGCAGAUUCAUGGUCAAAACCCAAGCGUUUGGAUAAUGUCAGCGAAAUGGGAAUUUGAAGAAAAUGCAAAUAUAGACAAUGCAAGAGCAUUAAUGCAGAAGGCUCUACGUCUAAACCCGGAAUCUAAAAUCCUUUGGUUGGAGUAUUUUCGAUUGGAGCUGCUUCAUGUUGACAAGAUCAAGAAAAGGAAGGAGUUCUUGAGCUUGACCACCGAGGGAGACCAGGUUGAGAAAGGAGAGAUCCCAGAGCAGUUUCUUGCCAACAAAAUUGCAAGCAUUGUGUACAAAAAUGCCAUAAAUGAAUUUCCAAACGACGUCGAUUUUCGUGUGGAAUUUCUUUCCAUUUACCGUUUGUUCCCGGAUACAAAGGAAAACCAAGAUCAAAUCUAUGAAAGUUUAGAGAAAGAUUUUGGAGACAAUGAGAUUGCCAAUAGCACAAUAGCGAGGAGACCUCUUGACGAUCUUCAAGCCAAAACUACUGCUCCUUCAGAUGUCUCGGAUGAAGACUGGAAGAAAGCAGAAGACAGCUGUUGUGGGCUUUUUGCUGAUGCACUGAAGAAAUUUAAUACAGGCGAGUUCAUUAAAUUUCAAGAAUUAAAACAGCAAACAUUUUUGUCGACUGUGACUUCGUAUAAGCAUGGUGAAGCUCGGCGACUAGAUUGUGCGCCCUGUGAUUCUGCUAUGUCCUAGGCACACUGAAGCUUGUGUGUUGUGAAGUUUAGUUUCUAAUCAGUAUUGUAGAAAUCCCCUUACGUGUAGCACGUGCUGCAGGGUAGCCGAUGAUAAUUGCUAGGCCACGAGUCAGCCUCUCGCCAAAACAUUA